AUGAUGAAUCGUGUGCUGUUUUUUCUUCUCUUGGUGCUGAGUGCUGUUUGUGUGGGUGCUGUGGCUGGUGUGGAGGCUGCAGAUGGGGCCGCUGGAGAGGAUGGUCCUGAAGAGCCUGCUGCUCGUGGUCAACAGCUAUCUGGUGGUGGAGAUCGAAGAACAGGAUUGGGAACCACACAAGGUCAUCGUCCUGAUUCUGACAGCAGUGGAUCUCAUGGAGGCGGUGAUCGUGAUUCAAGAAGUGAAAAUAAUCUGAAGGGCCCAGAAGUGGAUAUGAAAGGGCCUAAGGUGAACGUGGAGCAAACACAAAGGGUUGACGGAAGGCCUGUUGUAGAAACUCAAGAGGGUAGAAACCCGUCUGAGAGGGGUAAUCAAGCUGGGCAAAGUCAGAAACAGCAGGCACAAACUUCUGAUCCUGAACCAACUUCACUUUCUCCUGGUACUCCUUCUCCACCUGGUAGUCCUACUACAUCACAUCCUGAUGAACCCACAACUGUUGGUGACACAUCGCCCCAACAGAUACCAAGUGGAAGUCGUUCACAGGAUAACAGUGAUCAGAGAGAUACAGAACAAGGUGCCAACACACAGAACACGCACACAACAGGGCCAGAAAGGAAUGAUGGAGAGGACUCUUCUGCUUCCACAACUCAAAGUACAGGUAAUACUUCUUCCAGCAGUACAGCCACAGAUGAAGCGCAGAAUAAUCAGGCUGAAAGUGACCCUAAUGUUGCAACACCUGCAGAGGGUGAAUCAACCAGUGAGGAAUCAACCACCACCACCACCACAACAACAACAACACUUCCUCCUGAACUGACAAACAACAAGAAGGGUGAUGCAGACAGCAGCAGCAGU